AUGCCUGCAUCACAACGACCGAUCCUUCCGAAACCACCACCAACGGCUGUUUCCCCUGAGGGUGAGGAUCCCGGCGGUGGCUCGCCAGGCACACAACAACAACAACAACAGCAGCUGCCGCCGGGCAGGAAGAACAUAAAGGCAGCGUGUGAGACGUGCCGCAAGUCCAAGGUCAAGUGUUCAGGCGAGCGCCCGGCCUGCUCGCGCUGCCUGGCGCGAGGCUUGGAGUGCGUCUACCUCGCCGAACACGCCGAGACCCAGGUACAGGCGCUCAAGCGCAAGCACGACGAGUCGCAGCACGAGAACCUGAUCUACAGGGAGCUGUACCGGCUCCUCGUCACGGUGAGCGAGGCGGAGGCCCUCGACAUCCUGCAGCGCCUGCGGGCCGGCACCGACGUCGAGACCACUGUCCGCCGGGUCCAGGAGGGCGACCUGCUCCUGCAGCUCGCCUUAAGGCCAGAGUCGCGAUUCCGGUACCAGUUCCCAUACCUCCCCUUCAUGCCUGCCGCCCUGCAGACUUCUGACAAUCCGUACUUGGAGUCCUUGCUGUACGAGGGCGCCGCGCAGGGCUUUGGCCAGCCUCCGUCCCAGCAGCAGCCGUCGUCUGCCGCCGAGGCAGCCCUGGCAGGGAAUCACAGCCAUGUCUACAUGAAGCCGUACCACGCUGCGGAGCUCAUGGAUGGCCGGCUGGCGUCCGCCAAGGCGUCCGACUGGACCUCGGUGACGACCGACGACAACCUGUUCAGGCGCCUUCUGCGCGCGUACCUCAUUCACGAGUACUGCGUGGCCCCUGCAUUCCAGAAAGACUACUUCCUGUAUGACCUGGCUCGUGGGAAAGGCCACUUAUGCUCACCGCUGCUCGUGAACUCGGUCUUGGCGAUAGGGAGCCACUGCCACCGCAGCAACGCCUUCCGGUCACAGCUGUGGAACCCUCAGAACAUCGGCUACAGAUUCCUGGUGGAGGCAAGGCGGCUCUGGGAGUUGGAGGAUCUCGAGAACGCGAAGUUGACCACGUUCCAAGCGACGAUACUACUGAGUCUGGCAUACAACAGCCACGGCAUGGAUAAAAUUGGCGAUAUCUUCAUCCGGCACGCCGUGUCGAUGGCUAGGAAAAUGAGCCUCUUUACGCCCACACCAGCCCUCAAGAACAACAGGACACAGCGGGCGCGCGAGUUCACGGCAUGGGCAUUCUUCAACUUCCAAACCUUCGCUGACGGUGGAGUGGGCGACGCUACAAGGUCCGCAGGCUACUACUUCAUGCGGCGGGCGUGGCUGGGCGAGCCCCCCGAGGUGAGCCUGCCGGACCCGGACGAGAACCCGGGCUGGUACGGCGAGCUUGCGCUCGUGUACCCGCCCAGCACGGCCCCGACGCCGAUGCACUGGCCGCACACGUUCCGGGCGAUGUGUGGCCUCCGCGUGAUCAUGAACCAGGUCGCGCACGAGGCCUUCCGGGAUCACCACCCGCAGACGGUGACGGGCCUGCCGCAGCAGAGGGCGCGGGAGGUACAGUCGCGGCUCCGGGACUGGUACGCGAGCCUGCCCGGGCCCCUGGAGCCCAAGAAGGCCGUCUUCCCGAGCCACCUGAGACUUCACCUCGAGUACUUCUCCAUGCACAUCACGCUGGCCACGACGGUGAUCGAGGAGCAGGUCGAGAUCCACUCCUCGGCAGACCUAGAGCCACCAAACAGCGACGAAGACGACGGCGACGGCUUGCCGCUCGUGUCGAGCGCGGGCCCCGCGGCGAUGCGGCACCUCGAGACGGUGGCGCGGCUGUACUACAUGCGGCACGGGUUCGAGGCGUGCGACAGCUCGCUGGCGUACUUCCUGGCGCUGCUGGCGAGCAUCUCUCUGCGGGCGCUCGAGGGCGGCGGCGACGGGGCUCGGCUCGCGGCGGGCCGCGGGUGGCCCGAGGUGCUGCGAAGUACGCUCAUCCUCGCCAUGAAGGGCCUGCACGACCAGGGCCGCCACCUGCACGUCUGCAAGGUGCUCUUCCGGUUGCUGCGAGACCGUAUGCAGGCCGCCGAGGCGGACAUCCUCGGGCGGUUUGUAAUCUCGUCAGGCGACGGUGGUGGUAGUGGCAGCAGCGAUGGGGGAGGAGAUGGAGAGGGAGAAGGGAGCGAGGCGGACCUGGCGCUACAUACGCGGUCGAGAUUUCCCCUGCCCGUGGUCAAGAUGGGCGAGGACCUGAACGCGGCAAUCCUGGAGAACCUGGUCGUGAAGUACCAGGCUGUCAGCCUGGAGAGCAGCGACAGCACCGGGUCUGGGAACGGUGAAGAGGACAUCACGGCAGCGUGA